CCCCCCCCCCUCACGCAUCUGCUCAAACACAAUGCUCUCUGCUCUUUCGAUUGCCAGCCGCUCGGUGCGCCCGUCUCUUGGCCGGGCCUUCUACUCUGCCCAGGCGUCCAAGGUGGCCAUCAUCGGCAGUGGCCCCAGCGCCCAUACGGCGGCCAUCUACACCGCGCGCGCCAACCUGGAGCCGGUCAUGUACGAGGGCUUCAUGGCGGGCGGUGUUUCGGCCGGCGGCCAGCUCACCACCACCACCGAUGUGGAGAACUUCCCCGGCUUCCCCCAGGGGGUCAAUGGCUUUGAGCUGAUGCACAUGAUGCGCCAGCAGUCCGAGCGUUUCGGCACCAAGAUCGUGACUGAGACUGUCAGCCGCGUGGACCUGAGCAAGCGGCCCUUCGCCCUGUUUACCGAGGGGGCCGAUGGCCCGGACGCCGAGCCGGCUCUGCUGGCCGACACGCUGAUCAUCGCCACCGGGGCCACGGCCCGGCGGAUGAACCUCCCCGGCGAGGAGGAGUACUGGCAGAAGGGCAUCUCCGCGUGCGCGGUUUGUGAUGGCGCCCUGCCGAUGUUCCGCAAGAAGGUCCUGGCCGUGGUGGGCGGCGGUGACUCCGCCUGCGAGGAGGCCAACUUCCUGUCCAAGUAUGCGGAGAAGGUGUAUAUGCUGGUUCGCCGUGACAAGAUGCGCGCAUCGGCCGUCAUGCAGGAGCGCGUUCUGCGCAAUCCCAAGGUCGAGGUUGUCUGGAACACCAAGCCCGUGUCGGCCCAUGGUGACGACAAGCGGUUGACCCACGUCAUGGUCGACACCCAGGGCGAGGUUCGCCAGCUGGACGUGGCCGGCCUCUUCUACGCCAUCGGCCACGACCCGAACACCAAGUUCCUCGGUGGUCAGAUUAACCUGGACCAGGAUGGCUACGUGACUCUCGCCGAGCCUGGCGUCAGCACCGCCACCAACGUCGAGGGGGUCUUUGCCUGUGGCGAUGUUGUUGACAAGCGCUACCGCCAGGCGAUUACGGCCGCCGGCACCGGCUGCAUGGCCGCCCUGGACGCCGAGCACCUCAUCUCCUCCUCCACCUGAGUCGAAAAAAAUGAACCCCCACGUACUCGGGCCAUCCGUGGGCACCAAUAGACACUAUUUCUCCGUUGGCAAUUCGGCCUUCGACCGUUUGACACA